AUGAGACUGCAGCCGCGGCUUAGUCAGCUGUACGCGUCCCGGCCGGGCACAGGUGGCGGCAGCGGCAGCGGCAGCGGCAGCAGGGAGACAGGUGCCCCGGGCGCGGGCAACCCGCUCGAGUGGACGGGCCAGGUGACGGUGCGCAAGAAGCGCAAGCCCUACUCCAAGUUCCAGACGCUCGAGCUCGAGAAGGAGUUCCUCUUCAACGCGUACGUCAGCAAGCAGAAGCGCUGGGAGCUGGCGCGCAACCUCAACCUCACCGAGCGCCAGGUCAAGAUCUGGUUCCAGAAUCGGCGCAUGAAGAACAAGAAGAACAGCCAGCGCCAGGCGGCGCAGCAGCAGCAGAGCAGCAACAACAACAGCAACAGCAGCAACAGCAGCAGCAGCAGGCGGCCGCCGGGGGCGUCGGCCGCCGCCAACGGCCACCAGGGCCACCAGGCGCACCACCACGCGCCCCCCAACGGCGCCGUCGCAGCCCUCAAGCACCACCAGUGA